AUGUUGAAGUCUAGUAUUGCUAAACCACAGUUAUUAUUUAAGUCGUCAGCUUUUCAAAUAGUCACAAUGCCUGUAUUACUUCAUAAACCAUUUUCUUCAAGUUCUGCUAAAGGUGAGACUUAUAAGUUUCAAUCACAAUUACCCAAAUUGCCGGUUCCAAAUUUAGAAGAAACUGCUUCCAAAUAUAUCAAGACGAUUGAACCGUUUUUAAAUGAACAACAAUUGGCAGAAUCAAAAGCCAAAGUUGAAACUUUUACCAAGCCAGGUGGGUUUGGAGAAGUUUUACAAAAGAGAUUAAAUGAAUUUGCUAAAACUAAAGAUAAUUGGUUGGCUGAAUUCUGGGAUGAUUAUGCUUACAUGUCAUAUAGAGAUCCUAUUGUUCCCUUUGUUUCUUAUUUUUUCUCACACAAGGAUUUGAAAAAUACCAUUGGUCAUGAUCAAUUGUUAAAGGCUACUUUAUUAGCUUACUAUACUAUUGAAUUUGCUGAAAAGGUCCAGAACGAAACAUUGCAGCCUGAAGUAAUUAAGGGAAAUCCAUUUUGUAUGAAUGCUUUCAGAUACAUGUUCAACAACUCAAGAGUACCAGCUCCAGGCUCAGAUAUCACUCAACAUUACAAUCCUGAUACAAAUCGGUUUUUCAUUGUUAUUUAUAAAAACAAUUUCUACAAGGUUCCAACCCAUAAUGAACAAGGUGAAAAGUUGAGUAAGGGCCAAAUUUAUAGCUAUUUGCAACAGGUGAAAAAUGAUCCAACACCAAAGGGUAUUGGUUUAGGUGCAUUAACUUCAUUAAACAGAGAUGAAUGGUUAUCAGCUUAUCAAAAUUUGUUAAAGUCGCCAAUUAAUCAAGCUUCAUUAACAGAUAUUUUUGCCUCGACAUUUGUAAUUUGCUUAGAUGAAAACACUCCAAUUACUAUUGAAGAAAAAUCAAAGAAUUGCUGGCAUGGAAAUGGUCAAAAUAGAUUUUUUGACAAACCUUUGGAAUUUUUCGUUAGUGCAAAUGGUAAUUCUGGGUUCCUUGGUGAACAUUCAAGAAUGGAUGCUACUCCAACAGUUCAAUUAAAUAAUACUGUUUUGAAACAAAUUGCAGAAACUGAUCCUGAAGAAUUGAUUUCUGAAAUUUCUAGUGUAGCUCCUAGAAUUAAGGGAGGAGCAGAGAUUUUGCAAUUUGAUUAUAAUCCUACAACAAGAGCUAAUAUUUCUUCAGCAAUUGCCAAAUUCAAUGAGACUAUUGCUUCUCAUGACGAAGAAAUAUUUCAACAUUACGGAUAUGGUAAAGGAUUGAUUAAGAAAUUCAAAACUUCACCAGAUGCUUAUGUUCAAAUGUUGAUGCAAUUGGCUUAUUACAAACUCACUGGUAAAGUUAGACCAACUUAUGAAUCAGCAGCAACAAGAAAAUUUUUGAAAGGAAGAACCGAAACUGGAAGAACUGUCUCAAAUGAGUCUAAGAAGUUUGUUGAAACAUGGACUGAUCCAACUUCUACUAUUGAAGAAAAAGUAGCUACAUUCCAAGCAGCCACCAAGCAGCAUGUGGCUUACUUAUCAGAAGCAGCAGAUGGAAAAGGGGUAGAUCGUCAUUUGUUUGGAUUGAAGUCAAUGUUGAAACCAGGAGAGCCUGUUCCUGAAAUAUUCCAAGAUCCAAUAUUUACAUAUUCUCAGACAUGGUAUUUAUCGUCAUCGCAAGUACCAUCAGAAUUCUUCCAAUCUUGGGGUUGGUCACAAGUGAUUGAUGAUGGAUUUGGAUUAGCUUAUUUGAUCAACAAUGAUUGGAUCCAUGUUCAUAUUUCUUGUAAGAAAGGAAACGGAUUGAAAUCUGAUCACUUGAAAUGGUAUUUAGUUGAUAGUGCUAACCAAAUGCAAGAUGUUUUGGUUAAGGGAUUAUUGGGUGAUAAAGCUAAGUUGUAG